AUGAUGUCGUCCCAACUUCCAACACCACCAGAGCUUGUCGAUCUUUCGGGUCCACCCAAAUUCACUAUUGAGGACCAUGCUAUUGACGAGUUCCCUGCACUCAAGGUCGGUGUCAUUGGGGCUGGUCUCUCAGGCAUCACGGCAGGAAUAUUAUUGCCCAUCAAAGUUCCAGGGAUACAACUGACGAUAUUUGAAAAGAAUGCAGAUGUUGGUGGAACGUGGCUUGAGAAUAUCUAUCCCGGCGUGAGAUGUGACGUUCCGGCACAUGUAUAUCAAUCGACAUUCGAUCCCAACACGCAAUGGUCUGAGGAAUUCGCUCAAGGAAAGGAGAUUCUCGAGUACUGGAGGUCAACUGCCCGGAAGCACAACACGUAUCAGUAUAUCCAGUUCCACCGACAGGUUCAACAGCUGGUAUGGGGCGAAGAGGAUGCAAAGUGGACUCUUCAUCUUCUGGACGUCCAGACAGGAAAGGAACUCCAGGAGCAGUUUGACUUUGUCAUCUCUGCCGUUGGUCACUUUAACGCAUGGAAACUGCCAGAGUACCCCGGAAUCCAGGAUUAUCGUGGUCAUCUACGACACUCUUCCCACUGGGAUCCCAACUUCAACCCCAAGGACAAGAAGGUGGCUCUGAUAGGCAAUGGAGCCAGUGGUGUCCAGCUUCUCCCCGAGCUGCAGCAAGUAGCAUCGCAUGUGGAUCAUUACGCUCGAAACAAAACAUAUAUUGCGCCGGCGUUGGCGGGCAAAGAAAGAAGUCGGCUCCCCGUGUACUUCUCAGAGGAGCAGAAGUCCUUCUUCCAGGACCCGGAAACGUAUCUCUCCUUCCGCAAAGAGGUCGAGACCAGUUAUUUCAGGAGAUUCGAAUCCUUCUUCAAGGAUUCAGCACUGAACAAAGCCCUCAGGGAUGAUAUUGAAAAAUCCAUGGCCCGUCGCCUUGAGAAGCGCCCGGAUCUUCUUGACUAUCUACGCCCGGACUUCUCUCCCCAUUGCCGCCGUCUCACCCCAGGACCGGGGUAUCUGGAGGCUCUGAUGGAGGACAACGUCAGCCUGGUCCGACAGCCAAUUGAAAGGUUUACAGAGACGGGUAUUGUCACAACCGAUGGGGUUGAGCGGAGCUAUGAUGCUAUUAUAUGUGCAACUGGAGCCAACAUCGACUUCUCUCCGCCCUUCCCCAUCAUCGCCAACAGGGUCAACUUGCAGACAGCCUGGAGGCCCGGGGGUCACUUUGGAUUCCCAGCCUCCUAUCUCGGCCUCGCCGCUCCCUUAUUCCCGAAUCUGCUGUUCCUGAACGGACCACAGGCGUCGGGGCCAUCUGGGACUCAACUACACACAGUUGAAACCCAAACUACCUACGUGGCUAAUGUGCUCCGCAAAGUAUCCAAACAGAGAAUCCGUACGAUCCGGCCAUCUCAGGCGGCCGUUGAUGACUUUACUGCGUACUCCGAGGCCUUCUUUCCUCUCACCGUCAUGACCGAGUACUGCCAGUCCUGGGCUAACGGCGGAAACCCUACAGGUCGGAUUCAUGGAUACUGGCCCGGGAGCGCGUCUCAUGUUGCGCAGGUCCGCCGCGAGCCGCGAUGGGAGGAUUGGGAGUAUACCUAUCGCUCACCGUCGGGCAAUCGGUUUGCGUUCUUUGGUAAUGGGUGGACUAAGAAAGAGCUUGAGGAAGAGUCGGAUUUGACUCCGUACUUGAAGGUGCCGGACCAGAUUGAUCUCCGUGCCUAUCACGAGAACUGGUUUGAUAUAUAG